AAGAGGACUGGUUUAAAUUAGGAUUUGAAGGUAAUCAGUCAUUUUCAUAGUGAUAAUAUCAGCGGCGAAAUGAGGGAAAUAGUGGUAUUGUUGUUGUUAGUUUUGUUUCAGCUGUGCUUAGGAAAACCGGUGGAAAAUAACGGUGAUGAGCUUGUUGGAGUAGCUGUGUGUUAUAGACAUGGAGAUCGAGCACCUGUAUCGUCUUUCCCUAAUGAUCCCUAUAUUGACGCUAAGUAUUGGCCAGACGGCAUCGGAGAAUUGGUGAAUAAAGGAAAAGUGCAUCAAUUUCAAUUGGGUCAAUGGCUUCGACGUCGUUACAAGAACUUCCUGUCUACUCGGUAUUACCCUACAGAGCUAUAUGUUCGCUCUACAGACGUAGAUAGAACCCUCAAUUCUGCAGCAUCCAACUUAGCUGGGUUGUAUUAUCCCGAUGGAAGCCCAUAUCCUGUUGAAUGGCCUCAAGAGUUACCUUGGAACCCGGUACCUAUCCAUACAGUAGAAUACAAAAAAGAUGCUGUGCUCGCUAUGAAAAAAGAAUGUAAGAAUUUUGAGAAGCUGUACCAGGAGACCCUAGACUCUGAGUACUUUAAGAAUGUAAUGAAGAACCACACAGAGCUCAAAGAAUUUGUCGAAAGUAAAACUGGUUGGAACGUUACUUUGGACCUAUUUCGAAAUCUUUGGACUGUAUUGUAUAUCUACAACGAAACAAAUUCUUCCUAUGUUCCAGAUUGGGCCAAUGAAAUAGACCAAGAAGAGCUAGCUCAAUUGGCAGGACUUUCUUUCAGUACCGAAACGUUCACGACCAAACUGCAACGCUUUAAAGUUGGACCUUUUUUUGAUUAUCUUAACAACUAUUUUGACGGGAUUUUGAAUGGUACGAAUCCUAAAUUUCUGAUGCUCUCUGCGCACGAUGGUACUAUUGCGUCCAUUUUGAAUACCUUCGGAGAUUAUAAUUACAAACCCCCUCAGUUUUGUUCGACGAUUAUUUGGGAGUUGUAUAGGACUUCUGCAGGAGAACCAUACUUGAAUAUAUAUUUUAAGGACGGUUUUAAGACUGAAUCUGUUGUAGAACUAAAGAUCGGAAAUUGUAUAAGUGCUUGUAGAUUAGAUUUUUACAAAAAAGUGUUCAGAAAUAUAACCGUUGAUGAAGACAGUUGGAAACAUGAGUGUAAAUCUUGAUUAUCAACAAUUUUAAUUUGUUACUUAAUCAUUGUACAUAUUUCAAAUUCAAAUAAAAAUUUCUAAAUGAAUAAAUUUUCUGAAAAAAAAUCAAA